AUGUGGUGUCGGUCUCCUCUUCACUGGCCCAUCUCCUCCACCCUUCAACUCCCUCUCAUCCAGGCCGUCCAUCUCGUCAUGGAACUAUGCAACGGCGGCGAUCUCUUUGACUUCAUACAAAGCGCCCCCAAUCGCCGUCUCAAUGAGCGGCACGCGGCAUCCGUGAUGAGACAGCUGCUGGGAGCCCUCCACCACUGCCACUCCCUCGGUGUGCUUCACCGCGACGUGAAGCCCGAAAAUAUCCUCCUGUGCGACCGGAUUUCUCGACAAUCAGGCAACGGGGAGGUGGAGAUCAAGCUCAGUGACUUCGGAGUGGCUGGUUUUCUCGAUGAUGACGGUGUAUGCACGGACACCACAGGCACAUCAGAGUACAUGGCACCAGAGGUGGCCAUGAAAGCACCCUACAACGCCAAGGCGGACAUCUGGAGCGCGGGCGUCGUGCUGCACGCCAUGCUAGCUGGCGCCCUCCCCUCCUGGGCGGCACUACCAGAUCUGUUCAGCGAGCAAGCUGGAAGCACGGGUGGCAGUAGCAGGAGGGGGAAGGGGAAACAGCAGGAGGGGAAGUCGAUGCAGGAGGGUAUUGCAAGGGAUGAGCUGACUCUGAAGAGCCGGGUAUGGAGGGGUGUGUCUGGGGAGGCUAAGGAUCUGCUGAGAGCCUUGCUGAGGAAGGACCCGGAAGAGAGGCCCUCGGCUCUGGAGGCAUUGGGUGAGUGCUGUUCUCAAAAUGUUGUUGGGUGGAUGCGGUGCUAA